AUGGGUGCUCCACAGCCUCGCGUGGUCAAGUUUACCAAUGCCCGCCUCCUCCAGCAUGGACAGCUGUUUGGAGGUGACCUUUGGAUCUCAUCCGAUACUGGUCGUAUCAUCAGUUCUCAAUCGGCCUUUUACUCCUCUCACUUGACUGCCGAUGAGACAAUUGAUCUUCAAGGAAAGAUCCUUGCCCCGGGCUUCAUAGAUGUUCAGAUCAAUGGCUCACACAACUUCGAUUUCUCCACUCCAGAUACUGACUUUGCCGCCAAGUUGGAGCACACAAACAAACAAAUGAUCAAGACUGGUCUCACUUCAUAUGUCCCCACGGUCAUCAGUACCAAACCCGAGGCCUAUCAUGCGGUCUUACCCCAUCUCGGUCCUUCUGGAAAGGACAGGGAUGCCUCGAAGGGCACCGAAAGCUUGGGUGCCCAUAUCGAAGGCCCAUUUCUUUCACCACUGCGAAAUGGCAUUCAUAACCCAGAAGUUCUUCAGCAAGCUGAAUCCUGGAUCGAUAUCGAAAAGUGCUAUGGUACCUCCAAUCUGAGAAAUGUACGAUGCAUCACCGCUGCCCCUGAGAGAGGAAACAUGAUGAAGUUGAUCCCAGAGUUUGUCUCACGAGGAAUUGUCUUCUCUGUCGGACAUUCGGAUGCGACCUUCGAACAAGCACAGACAGCUGUUGGAGCAGGUGCCUCAAUGGUAACACAUCUGUUCAACGCCAUGAGGCCGUUUGGUCAUCGUGAUCCUGGAAUCUUUGGGCUAUUGGGUCAAUCAGCGCCCUCAACUCCCAUCGCCACCCCUAGAACCAGUCGUCCUGCAAGUGCAUCAAACUCCCCACAAGGCUCACCAAGGUCUUCGAGACGAACAUCGCCUCGAUCUAGCCUGAGUAUAAGCACUUCCGUGUCCGACAUUGAUGACGAAGCUCGCUAUAAGCAGCCUUUCUUUGGUCUGAUUGCCGAUGGUAUCCAUCUAUCGGCACAGACAUUGAAGAUUGCAUACUCUGCACAUCCGGAUGGUGCUAUCAUAGUCACCGAUGCGCAGAAAUUUGCGGGGUGUCCUGAUGGGGUCUAUGAAUGGAGAGGCGAAGACCGAUUCAUCAAGGAGGGAAAAUUGUUACGUCUGGAAAGUAAUGGGAGGAUAGCUGGGAGUGUCGUUGACCUCAUCGACUGUGUCAACAAUUUCAAACGGUACACUGGCUGUGGCUCAGCCAAAGCACUGGAGUGCGUCACCAGUACUCCUGCAAAGAUGUUGGGUAAGGAUGUUGAGUCCAGAAAAGGCAGGUUGGAAGUUGGCAUGGAUGCUGAUCUCGUCGUCCUCGAUGAGGCAUUAGAUGGUGACCUGUCAGUCACACAGGUGUGGAAAUUUGGUGUCCGGGUGGCUUGA